AUGGCGGUGCCGAAGGAGUGGACGGACACGUGGAACCUCUUCGACGAGCGCAAGACGGGGAGCGUGAGUCAGACAGACGCCAAGCACAUCAUCCGCAGCCUCGGCCGCCGCUACACGGAGGCGGAGUUUAACGAGCUGCUGCAGGGCGUUCCCGACCCGGUGCCGUACCAGAGCUUCGUCGCCCUCAUGCAGAAGCCGUACACCGGGCCCUCCGAGGACGACCUCCGCACCGCGCUGCGCGCCUUUGACGCCACGGACUCGGGCCGCCUGAAGCUCUCGGAGCUCAUCACCCUCCUCACGUCGCUCGGGGAGAAGAUGCCGGAGCACGAGGUGAAGCAGCUGCUAGCGGAAGUCAAGACGGAUGAGGAGGGGCGCGUCGAAAUCGACGAUCUGGUGCGCUUCCUUUGCACACCGGUGCCGUCCAUGACACCCGACAUCGCGGAGCUGCAGAAGCAGCUCGCCAACGCCAGCUGA